CCAAAUUGUUUGAGUUGGUUUCUUUUCUUUCUUCCUAAUCAUUUCGACAUAUCCAAGUUUUGUUUCAUACCAAGUGUCACUAUGCCUCGUUUUGAUUAUACACAAGCUCUUGAAGAGUUAAAGACAUAUCGUAUGACCAAUGAACGUCAGUCUGAGAAGGUGGCUUCUCUCGGUGCACGAUUAUUACGUGAUAACUACACAACCAAACUUGGAGACGAAGUUUGGCCUCUUUAUGAACAAAUAUGUAUUGCUGCUUUGGAUGUAGAUGAUCAAAACUUGGCCAAUGUAUGUAUCGACCACUUGCAAAAACGAUUUGGAGAAUCAUCACUUCGAUUCCGACGGUUGCUUGGUAUGCGACAUGAGGCGGCAGGACGAUUGGAUGAAGCACAACAAGUCUACGAUAGUAUCUUACAAGAAGACGAAACUCACAUGCUUGCUUCUAAACGACAGAUCGCGUUAUUCAAAACCAGGAACAAGGAUCAAGAAGCUGUGGAAGCAUUGACGAAAUAUUUGGAUACUUAUUACGAUGAUUUUGAAGGAUGGCUUGAACUGUGUGAACUUUACCUGACUAAAUACAUGUAUGAACAAGCAGCCUUUUGUUGUGAGGAAAUGAUCCUAUUACAACCUACCAAUCAUAUUGUGUAUUUGAAGUAUGCUGAAAUCCUUUAUACGUUACAACAUUACUCUUUGGCAUUAAAACAUUAUUGCAAGGUUUUGGAAUUAUGUACUGAUCAUGUACGUGCUUUAUAUGGAUUACAUCUGUGUGCUUCCAAAUUACUCAAGGAUACUGAAGUACAACAUGCUGGCAAUCUUCAUGCUCUUGCUACCGAACGUUUAUUGGAUGUAUAUCAAAAACAACCUCAUGAACAACGCAAAAUAGUAGAAUCUUAUUUAUCUAAUAUAGAAUUGAAUCAAAAAUAAAAAAGUUAUUUUAUAUCUAUCUAUCAUCAAAU